AUGAGUAGUAAACUAUUUAUAUUGAUCUUGAUACUACAUUUAAUUACCGCAUAUCCUCAUAGAAUAGAGGUCUUUGUGGAUCCGAACCUACCACAUGAAAACACAGGAGAGCAAGAUGUGGUUGUCAUUGACCUCUCGGAUAACAAUAGAGACGAAUUUAACCUAUCUAACCUUGCAUCAGAAGCCAAAACAUCCCUCAAGGAGUCUUCGCCAGUCUUGUAUGCAUUGAAGUCAAUCAACGAUUUACAAACUAAGCACUUUGACAAGCUCAAUAGUAGAAAUAAUACCUUUUAUUUCAAAGAAACAAACAGUGCCUUGUAUUUUGACAAUGAUGCCAAAAAAUGGACAGAAAUUAAGAAGAACGAUCCAGACAAUACACCCAAGACGGAAUUUUUAGACUGGCUACCUAUAUCAUUUUGUCUAGAUUCUAGACUAGGAAGUGGGGGGCUAAUUUAUAGACAAGUGAAGGUAAUGCUUGAAGCAACUUCACAGCUAAAUGCUGCCUUGGUUUUGCACACAAACCCCGUUGGGUUUCUAACUGGUUUAGGUGGGAUUCUUGGAUUCAAGGUGGUUGUCAGAGCAACCAAUUUGGUGAAAGCAAUGGGUCAUAGGUCAGUCACACCAGUUCAUUUAUUGGCAGUAAUUCUCCAGCCCGAACCAUUACAAAGCAGUUUAUUAUUAAACAUAUUUUCCCAAACCGAUCAUCGAUGGCAGCCCAUAUUAGUAAGGAUCAAUGAAAGAUUAGAGAGCAAUAAAAGUGUGGCUGAAGAUUCGGUUGGGUUUGAUUCCGAUUCAUUAGAAGUACGUGAUCAUGCUACCAGACUUAGUGACUUACAAGGUGAUUCAUAUGUUGGGCAAGAUCAUUUCAUUGCAUCGAUAUUGGAUAACAAUAUCGUUGUGGAGUUAUUGGCUCUGGUGAAUCUCAAUGCAAUUAUGAUCCGGAAUUGCGUUUUGGAUUUACGUGGAACAUUUCGAAUUCAAGAGAAGGAUGAUGAUGAACUAUUGAAUGAUGUCAGGAUACCCGAAAAUGCUAAUUUCAAUUUCUUGAUCAAGCCCGAGUUAGAAGAGGAUACCUUGGUGGAAGACCAAGCUAGAUCGGGCUACUUCGUCCAUGAUUAUAUAUCUCGAUUUUGUCAGGACUGGACCACGGAGGCCGAGAAUAAUUUACUUGAAGCUACUUUUGGCCGCACCUUAGAAACAGACAGAAUCUUAAGACUUCUAUGUAAAAAGAGAAAGUCAAUCUUGGUUUUGGUUGGAGAAAAGGGUGUGGGGAAAUCCUCAAUCGUGAAAGGGGUAACUCAAAGAAUAACCACAGGGAAUGCACCUUCGAUACUCCAUUCUGCUGGUAUAUAUUCAUUGGAAAUAGACGUACUUUGUGCUCAUUCUGGAGAUCGGAAAGAAUUAGUAACUAAUCUCCACGAAAUACUCUGGGAAUUAAAUGGAAGGGAAGAGCCGACUGUGUUGUUCAUUAAAGAUGUACAAUUCCUAAUCAAGAAUCUAGGACGAGAUGCUACCUUCUCUAUCUUUAAUAAGGCUAUAGAUAAUGGUAAUUUUCACAUUAUUCUUUCGGUCGAUCAAAGCACACUUGACAAUGCUAUAAAUAUUGGACAACAACCUAUUGAUUCAUUCAAAAUUAUGCAGAUCCAGCCAAAUACAGUACAAGAGUCCAUAAAUAUCAUGCUUGGAGUUAUUUCGACAACAUAUGCCGAAUAUGAACUUGAUAUUCUGAAUGAAAUUGCAUUCGAGAUGGUCAAACUAGCUGACAAAUACAUUGCAGAUAGGGUACUACCCCACUCAGUCUUAGAAUUGCUUGACGAAACCAUUGCUUCUGCUGUUAUGAAAAGUGUGGAUCAUAAGCUAUCGGUGAAAGAAAAGCAAGGGAACCAAUUCAAAAAACGAGAUAACUCAGAACAGCUCUGCGACCUAGAUGGAAAAAUGAAGGGUGGAAGCACACCUUCAGAAGAUCAUGCAGUGGUUUCGACGUCUCUACUUUCUUCCAUAGUAAGGAAGAUUGGCAAUUUAUUCCUCAGUCCGGAGCAGGACUCAUUGGAAGCAAGGAAGCUACUUAUCACUCAUGAUGAUAUACUAGAUGCACUUUCGGCAUUGCUUGGUAUUCCCAAAGAAGAUAUCUUCACCGACGAUGAACCACAUGACCUUGAGGUUUUAGAACACAAUGUUUUCGGACAAAGUGAAGCAAUUAUUCAAGUUCUUGAUUCGUUAGGAUUGGCAAAAUCCGGAAUAUUACCAACCUCGGCGGUGAGACUUUUCUUCUCGGGGCCACCAGGUUGUGGUAAAACUGAACUUGCGAUGCAGUUGGCAAUAUUUUUGAAUUCUGAUGCUUCAUCAUUUUUGGAACUUGAUUUUCAAGAUCCGAACAAUAGGAUGACUUAUUCCAAAUUAUUGGGACUGGCUUUUCCUUCUAAGGAUGAUGGGAUUUUAUGUAGACAAUUGAAGAAAUUCCCAAACUCGGUUAUAUUGUUUAGGAAUGCUGAUCCCAUAAGUCAUGAGUUACAACAGAUUAUUAUUGAAAUAUUCAAUAAUUUGAAAAUACAGAACGCAAAGAAUAUAGCCUUGGAUUUUUCAGAAGCAAUCCUCAUAAUCAGUUCAAAUAUGAAAACUAGUGACGAGUAUCUUGAUGAGGUCAGAGAAUGUGCGGUAAAGGAAAACCAAACGUUUGACAGUGUGAUAAAAUUUAAUGAUCUUCACUCCAAAGCCAAAGUCAACAUUUUGAAGAAGCUUGUUGAAGAAUACACCACCUGCUUUCGAUCACAAGGGAAAAAUAUAUCUCUCAGCCUAGACCAUUCGGCCGUUAAAUUCAUGUGUACGGCAAAAUACGACGAGAGGCUAGGAGCUAAAGUGUUUCGUAAGGUUUUUGAAGAUGAAAUAAUUCCUCAAGUGAGAGACUUACUUCUCAGACAAAGUAUUCACCCAAGUGGAAAUAUUUCUAUUACACUUACUAAUGACAAAUUUAUUGUUUCAUAA